GCCACAAGGUCGAUUACCUUUCUCUAGCCUUCUCGAUGGACGCAUUCCAAAACAUCCGCUCGUAGAGUUUGCUUUUAGCGAGGUUCGGCUGACGAACAACGCGGAGUGGCGAACAGUGGCAAACGUCCAGGAGUGGGCGUAUCAGCGAGGUCCCGACGACCAGGAGUAGUGCCACAUAAGUGACAGCUCGUUGUGUCGUUCCGGAGCAGCUUCUUCUGGGAGAUCCCUCACUAAAGAAGAAGGAAUUGGUUCUAGACUCCUAGGUCUAUGAUCAAAGUUAUAAACAAGGGAAAUUGUAAAGGAACGUCUUAGAGGAAGAUGAUCAUUGUGAAGGCGUGAGGUCACGAAUUAUGAAGUCUGCGAGCCACCGUGACGUGCUCCUCCCUGGAGACCCUUCGUGACGUUGCGACGCCCACGUGCGACAGGUAGGCAGACAUGCAUCAGAACAGGCGGAAAAAGAAGCGGGUGAACUAUGGAGUGAGGGCAGUCGAGGUGGUCCGUGGCGCGAAGGGCUUUGGCUUUACGAUAUCGGGCCAACAGCCGUGCAUACUCAGCUGCAUCGUGCAGGGUAGCCCGGCGGAGGGUGCUGGCCUGCGUGCUGGCGACUAUCUGGUCGCCGUCAAUGGUCACAAUGUCAGCAAGGUACCACACGACGACGUGGUGCAGCUGAUUGGGAGCUCCAAGGGUAUCCUACGACUGCAAAUUGCCGAGAACUAUUACUCCGACUCCUCGGACGAGGAAGGCUUGGCCACCGUAAGAUCCAAGCCCAAGUAUGCACACAAGCCACGGACUGCUAGUGCGAGUGCUUUGCAGUUGCAAUGCAGGGCAGCCAAGGUGGUUAGGGAUCUACAGAGUGGUGCUAUGUUCCAUACAGUCCCAGGUGGCCUAGCAAUGCCUGACGCUAAAGAUCAGUAUAAUUAUUCUGGCUUGCAUUAUCGUUGGAAUAUGACAAGUCCGCUCCCGCUGCCACCACCACCGGCGUCUCACAAACGCGACUCUGAAAAGAUUGUACAUCGAACGGUUGUCGGUUAUCUCGGUACUAUCGAUAUACCGAAUCAAUUGCAUCCGUCCUCUAUGAUGCAGGUUUUGAGAAAAUGCAUUAAAAGACUGAAAGCCGAGAAGCGAAAUCCAACCACCGUUCUUCUCACCAUUCACGUUGCCAAUAUUAAACUCACCAAUUCAGAGAAUCGCAUUAUCGCCGAAUACCCUUCGUAUCGAAUAAUAUUCUGUAACUCCUUUUCCGAGCAAGACAAGCAGUAUUUUGGAAUAUUAACUAAGUCCAUGAGGAACACAGAUGAUAUCGUCUCGAACUCGUGUCACGUUUUCACUAUUUAUUACAAGUUAAUCGACCAUGAAGUACAUUCCAGUGCAUGUAAUGUGUUUGGAUUUAUGUGUACAAAAUCAUCAGAGUUAAACGUUUGCCAAGAGUUUCCUGACAGUUGUACGAGCCUUAUCGGUGCCAUACAGACAUUGUAUAUAUCCGAUUGCACGAAUGGGGAGAAUUGCACAAAUCCUUACAAUGAAGCACGCAUACGCUUGGACACCGCUUCUCCUCAACCGAGCAACAUUAGCACGUCGACUGCUCAUUCGAGCAACAGUGAUUCCGGAAUAGGUUUUAAGGAUGACUACGGCAGCUGCUCGAGUAAAAAUCUAGCGAAUGAUUGCGAACGAAGAAGGCAAUAUUCCAAUAUGCAAUAUAGGAAUGUAAGCGCGCGAUUAUCCAAAGAAUCUGUCAGUGAGGCUGCGGGACACCGAUUGACAGUUCGCGCGACCUCGGAGGCCAGAUUGUGGAGCGAAGAAUUAAAAUUUGAUCCUUCUAAAGAGAUGCGGCACGUGGCGGGGAGUGGGGAAGGUACGACCACCACCUGCGCCGGAACAUCUGCCCCUGCUGCGACGGCACGUACCAUGUUGGCCAGUACGUCCGUUGGAUCCCUCGCGUCCGUUUGCACCACAGCAUUGCUCGACGGCAUCGAGGACGCCGCGGAAUCGUCUAAAGUGGUGUCGACAGAGGGAUUAAAGCGUCUCAUGGACACUACGAACAAGCUCAGUCCGAAGGUGUACUGUGGCCAGGUCACGAAAUCGUUAGUGCACAGCUUAGAGGACAUAAAUUCCAGCAUGGAGUACGCCCGACAACCUUACUGUCAUUCGUAUUCCGGCAAGUCUGACAAGCCUCGACCUUGGGGAAGUUUGCAGGAGAUACGGAAUUUUCGCAGCAGCGCCUCGGACAAUUGCAUAUAUGGUAGUACCGAGUCUUGUGACAAAAACAAUGACUGUAAGGGAGUGCACACUUGGGCAAAUGGAUUUGAAAAACUGUUGGAGGAUCCAAAGGGUUUGCAAACAUUCGCUGAGUUUCUCAAGAAGGAGUUUAGUCAUGAAAAUAUAUAUUUUUGGGCUGCUUGUGAAAGAUACAAAGAUACUAAAGAUACUACUAUGCGCCGUCGAUUAGCUUGUCAGAUAUAUCAGCGCCAUUUGUCAAACACAGCCGCCGAGCCAGUUAAUGUUGAUAGUCAUGCGUCAGGACAAAUUACUCAAGAAUUACUCGACGAAGCACCCGCGGAUUUAUUUCUACAGACUCAGAAACAAGUAUUCAACCUAAUGAAGUUCGAUAGUUACCCGAGAUUCUUACGAUCGGAACUUUAUCGUGCCUGCUUGGAAGCGGGAAGCGCUGUUGUCGAUACAGAAGACUGUGAUCUACAUCUUACAAGUUCGCCUAGCGUAAAAUUAAAGAAGAGUCACUCCGAUGCGGAAGAUCGUUGUCGAAAGUCGCUUCUUCCAUGGAAUAGAAAAAAUAGAUCUAAAUCAAAAGAUCGUGGUGAAUCCGAAUACAAUAAAACCCCUAGCCGAAGUGAGACUAUAUAUAAAAGCUUUACAGUUAUUAAGAGAGAAACGGAAGGUAACAAUAAUGAAGACACAGUGUCAAUAUCUAGUAGUCGGUCAUCAUUAGCGUCAUGGGAUUUGGCGUUACGGCAAUCAUUUAACAAACAUAUGGUGGAUACGAAGUGUUUUUCAUCAGUAUUAGCAGGCCAGGAAGUGGAAGUCGUUCCCACAAAAGUUUUAAAAGUAGAAUUACCCUCGCGAAGGAUAAUAAGCAUUAUUGCUCACAAGGGUAAAACUCUGAAAGAAGUUUUGAGACCUCUUCUAAAUAAAUAUGGUUUCAAUUUAGAUUUGAUUAGUAUUUGGAGUGAAGGCCGUUGUGUUCCUAUGGAUAUUAUGGCUAUCAAUGCUCCUACACGCAUUAUUGUAAUGGCGAAUGAAGAAGAUUUUCAACGGGAAUUACAUACUGCUAAAUAUCUAGACGAAGUGCCACACGCACAACCAACUCUAGAUGAAAUAACAAAUAAAGUAUUUGAGGAGCUCCUGGUUGGAAAAAGUAGAAAUAAAUAUCAGUAUAGUGAAGGAUCAUGUAAGUCGGAUGAUCAACGUUCGGAGGGAUCUUCUAUAUUAUCUAGCAAAUUCUUCCUUCGAGAUUCGACAAUUCACGGGAAGAAGAAGGCGAAAUCUAAAUGUUGCAACACAAGUGAAAAGGGUAAUUCAAACGAUUGUAUUCAUGAGGGAGCACCCAUUAAAUCCCAGCCACCACUUAUCGCAAAGUGGCGUAAUGGCGUAAAAUUGCAACUUCCAGGCAGAUUUGACGGAGAUGAAUUAUACGAGGGAUUGAAAAGAGCGCAAAGAUCGAGAUUGGAGGAUCAGAGAGGGACGGAAAUCAAUUUUGAAUUACCAGAUUUUUUAAAGAACAAAGAGAACGGGAAACCAUCCGAUUCUAACAAGAUGCGAAGGACUCGGGUAGUGUCGGCCAAUUGCGAGAGCACCACGAAGUUUUAUGAUUCAAGCGAGGAUAAGCAAAGCAGCAGCGGAUACGAGUAUUCUGCGCACGUGACAAACGGAGCUGCGAACGAGCGAUUUUCAGCCUUGGUUAAUAUUACCGAGCCUUUAAGUAAGUGCCUUGAGAGCUCAUUCAAUUUAGACGGCGAUAGGACAUUGAUGGAUGGAGAUCAAACGAUUGUCGAGAACGGUACUGAUUCCCCGUCAAAGAGUCCGUACUCAGGAAGCUACGGUGGCACGGAUGUGUCGCAUACGAAGCUGUCGAAACCUCCACCGUUACCGCCGAAGCCUAAAAAUCUUGUUGUGAACGUGGUGAAAAGCGGCUACAUCGCGUCUCCGAAAACUCUACAAAGGCCUAAUCAUGUGAUUGAAUGAAACAACUGAACACAAUGUAAAAAGAAGAUAUUUUUUAGUUAACGUCGCGUUAUUAGCGUAGUUUCAUGUGAUGUCAUAAUUAAUCAUUUGGACACGAUACAAUACGAUAACUGAGUAAAACUUUGAUCGUAUCUAUAAAUUAUUAAAAGGAAUGGCUCUGUAUGGCGUUCCUACAAGGACAGAAGCUACAGGGCAACAUGAUUAAUCCUUUAUUAUGCAUUUUUCUAUCAUAUAUUCACAUUCCACAACUUAGAUUUUAUUUCGAAAAUGUGUCCC